ACGAUACGAACGAUCUCAUCGUCCUCUCUCUCUCUCCCUCUCCCUCUCUCCUUUGUACAACUAGGGUUCCCAUUACAUCUACAGCAGCACAACCUAAAGCAAAUCUUCUUCGAUUUCGCUGCUCUCGUCUAAGAAUUUAGUAAAGUUGUCGUCUUUAAUCUCGGAAUAAUACUUUCCGUUCACGCCCUUGGCUGGCACAAAUGAAAUCGGAGGAACUGGGGGUAGAGAUCUGCUGAAUUGCAAAGCAUCCCUCGAGGAAGUAACGCCACCUUCGAUAGCUGUCAUUCUGGUCCCUGCGUUCCUUGCCUCUGUUCCGAAAAGGUCUGUUUUGCUUUUGACUUUACAUUCUCAGGUGUAGGCCAUACUAGUAUUGACACUACUCAAAUGGAAUGUGAUAUUAACAGAAACAGUGGGUACUGAGGAUAUAGGCCACCCAAAUCUUACUACAAGACCCCCAACACUGCACCUUUUGCUCUCAAUUCUCAUAAUAUGACGCCUUUUUCGUCAUCUGGUCCUGUAGUUGGAUCAGAUACCCAGGGUAUUAGACCUACCGCUCCAUCAGCUCCGCAAUCUAUGACACUCUUUUCGGCAUCUGGGCCUGUGGUUGGAUCGGAAACUUCUGGAUUUAGACCUGCUCCCCCGGUGGCCCCAUCGACAAAUAUUCCAGAGGCUUCUAGUUUUAGACCUGCUCCACCAGCUAGGUUUAAUGAUCCAUCUGUGCCUUCUCCACCAACAUCGUAUGUCCCACCAACUAUUGGACCGUUCUCACGUUUCCCAACACCACAAUUUCCCUCAACUCAGCCACCUCCACGGACUCCUCCUGCAGGCCAACCACCAUUUCAACCCUUUGCUGGUCAAGUGCCACCUCCACUAGUUCCCCUUCGUCCGCAGCAGCAGAAACCUUCGGUGCCAAUGGGACCUCCCCCUCAAAAUGUUAAUUAUGCACCAAGUAUGAAUGUCCCUCAGCCUCCAUCAGAUUCAUCCUUUUCAGCUCCUAGGUCUAAUUUCCAGCCUUCAUUUCCCGGUUAUGUUCAUCAGCAGCCUCUUGUAGACUCACAAGCUCCGCCUGUCCAAUCUCCGUUUGUUGCUAAGCAGGGCCCAACACCCUUCCAAACUCCAGUAUCAUCCCCAUUUGUCGCUCAGCCAGGCAGUUAUGUUCCAUCACAGCCUGUUGCAACUUCCUUGGGAUUUCAGUCAAGAGACCAUUUGCAGCAUCCCGGCUCUGGACUUGGUGCUAUCCAAGGUUUAGUAGAAGAUUUCAACUCACUCUCCGUAGGAUCAAUUCCUGGAUCAAUUGAACCAGGAGUAGAUCUUAAAGCUUUGCCAAGACCGUUGGAUGGUGAUGUGGAGCCAAAAUUUCUUGCUGAUAUGUAUCCAAUGAAUUGCAAUCCAAGAUUUUUGCGCCUUACAACUAGUGGAAUACCAAGUUCUCAGUCCUUAGCUUCAAGGUGGCACUUGCCUCUUGGAGCAGUUGUUUGCCCGCUUGCAGAAGCACCAGAUGGGGAGGAAGUGCCAGUAAUUAAUUUUGCUUCUACUGGCAUUAUUCGCUGUAGAAGAUGUCGCACAUAUGUGAACCCUUACAUUACAUUUACAGAUGCUGGAAGAAAGUGGAGAUGUAACUUAUGUGCUUUACUUAAUGAUGUUCCUGGUGAAUAUUUUGCCCAUUUGGAUGGCACUGGCAGAAGAAUUGAUUUGGACCAGCGCCCUGAGCUUACGCAGGGUAGUGUGGAAUUUGUUGCUCCAACUGAAUAUAUGGUGCGGCCUCCUAUGCCGCCACUAUAUUUUUUCCUCAUUGACGUUUCUACAUCUGCAGUAAGAAGUGGUAUGAUUGAGGUUGUGGCCAAAACCAUUAGGUCAUGUUUAGAUAAGCUGCCUGGCUUCCCCAGAACCCAAAUUGGGUUUGCGACUUUUGACAGCACGCUACAUUUUUACAAUUUGAAGUCAUCUUUGAAUCAGCCUCAAAUGAUGGUGGUCGCAGAUCUGGAUGACAUAUUUGUGCCAUUGCCAGAUGAUCUGCUUGUCAACUUAUCAGAAUCAAGAAGUGUGGCGGAAACAUUUCUUGAUAACUUGCCAUCUAUGUUCCAGGACAAUCUAAAUGUUGAAUCUGCUUUCGGUCCUGCUCUUAAGGCUUCACUCAUGCUUAUGAGCCAACUUGGGGGGAAAUUGUUAAUUUUCCAAAACACACUUCCCUCUCUCGGUGUUGGUCGCUUAAAGUUGCGUGGAGAUGAUCUACGUGUCUAUGGUACAGAUAAAGAACAUGCACUAAGACUACCUGAAGAUCCGUUCUACAAGCAGAUGGCUGCAGAAUUUACGAAGUUCCAGAUAGGAGUGAAUAUUUAUGCGUUUAGUGACAAGUAUACUGAUAUAGCCUCGUUAGGUACUUUGGCAAAGUAUACAGGAGGUCAAGUGUAUUAUUACCCAGGCUUCCAAUCUGCCAUUCAUGGAGAGAAAUUGAGACACGAGUUAGCCAGAGACCUAACCAGGGAAACUGCUUGGGAAGCUGUCAUGCGUAUACGAUGUGGAAAAGGAGUUCGCUUCACAUCAUACCACGGGAACUUUAUGCUUAGAUCUACCGAUUUGUUAGCCCUUCCAGCUGUAGAUUGUGAUAAGGCAUUUGCGAUGCAGUUGUCUCUUGAAGAGGCUUUAUUAACCACUCAGACAGUAUAUUUCCAAGUUGCCUUGCUAUACACGGCAUCUUGUGGUGAGAGACGCAUUAGAGUACACACUGCAGCAGCGCCAGUAGUUUCAGAUCUAGGAGAUAUGUUUCGUCAGGCUGAUACUGGUGCCAUCGUCACCUUGCUUUCUAGGCUAGCAAUUGAGAAAACAUUGUCCAGUAAACUUGAAGAUGCUCGAAACACUUUGCAACUAAGAAUCAUCAAGGCUCUCAAAGACUACAGAAAUCUCUACUCUGUGCAACAUCGCUUGGGAGGGAGAAUCAUAUAUCCAGAAUCUCUCAAGUUCUUGUUGUUGUAUGGAUUAGCACUUUCAAAGUCAACACCUCUCCGUGGAGGGUAUGCUGAUGCUGCACUUGAUGAACGCUGUGCAGCAGGUUUCACAAUGAUGGCUCUACCAGUUAAAAAACUGUUGAAACUUUUGUACCCCAACUUAAUUCGGCUUGAUGAGUAUCUUCUGAAGAAGUCAACUCAUGAUGACCUCGAAAGUGUUGAGAAAAGAUUGCCACUGGCUGCUGCAAGUUUAGAUUCCAGGGGGCUUUAUAUUUAUGAUGAUGGUUUCCGUUUCGUCAUAUGGUUUGGUAGAGCGCUUUCACCUGAUAUAGCUAUAAAUUUACUUGGCCCAGAUUGUGCGGCAGAAUUGUCAAAGGUUACACUAAUUGAGCGUGAUAAUGUAAUGUCACGGAAGUUAAUGAAGAUUAUCAAGAAAUUUAGAGAAAGCGACCCCUCAUACUAUCAGUUGUGUCAACUUGUGAGACAAGGCGAACAACCCCGCGAAGGAUUCCUUCUUCUUACAAAUCUUGUUGAGGACCCAAUGGGGGGUACAAGUGGCUAUGUUGAGUGGAUUCUACAAAUACAACGGCAAGUGCAGCAAAAUCCUUAACACAACAUUCCAGGAUAGUGCUGUUGAUGGCUGUUCUUUUAAAUCAGUUUAGCCGGCGAUUCAUCAAGCUUCUUCCGUUGAUAAUCUGUAAAGUGAAGAUCACUCUGUUACAUAACAAGAAUAAUUCCGAGUGUGGUUGAUUUCGUGGUGGAAGAAAGAUUUUUGGACAGCUUUUCUGGUUUGGGCGCAGGACGCAAUAAUUAGGGGGACAUAUACUUUAGUUAUAUUGAGAAAUCUUGUGCCACAAUUUUCACAUUGAGAAGAAACACAAUUUUUUUAUUGCGAUAACUGUUAAAUUAUUCUUAGAAACUUUCCUAUUUGUGUUAUAUUUCUUUUUCUUUCCCGUUCUUGUGAUUUGGAAGGAAAGUGGAGGUAGUGUGACAACACGUUUUACUUCAUUGUUGGAUAUGAUAUUCGGUUUUGCAAUU